CCCAAGACCAACUCAGAAGAGUUUCAUAGCUCUGACCGUGCGAUAAGAUACGCCUGGUCCGUGCACCUCAGAGCUCCCCCGAUCAUGCGAAUCAGCGAUCAUGGCGCCGACAUCCUCGGCCUCAUCACUCUCCCCCAUACAAUAAUGAGCAGUUUCCCCGCAUUUCGUCUCUGUGGGAGACUCCCACGACCAGCUCCUAUACUCUCAGUAACCAGGACUGCACCCUUGACUCGCCUAACACCGUUGAGCCCCGUGCGCAUGGCCUCCAACACGGUCGAGCCGCGUUUCGCCGAAGGAGAAGAUGCGGCCCAACUGGGUCCGGACACGCAGACAUUGCUGCAACGGCAGGGAUGGGCCCUCGAUGCUGAUGGGAUGGGUGUCACCAAGACGUUUCAUUUCAAGAGUUACUUUAAAGCGGUGGUAAGUACGGGCUGGCGAUUCUAUUGCGCGGGUGCAAAUCAUAUGAUUGUACACGCAUCAUUUGUGAAUCUCAUUGCCGCCGAAAGCUCGGCGAAGAAACACCACCCCACGAUGACCGUGCGAAUCGGCUCGGUCGAUGUCCACUGGACGACGCAUCGCCCACGCGGCCUCACGCAAAAGGACAUCGCAAUGGCUCGGCAUUGCGAUAACGGGGCCGACCUAAUGGGCGCCGUUGACCCCGGGCAAGGGUUGAAAUGCGGGCCGAAGCCCUAGUUAGCUUCAAUUAGCUUACUUUACAGAGUAUCUGCGAAUCUCGAUACGAGAUCUUCGAUUUGGCUUUGAUCGGGGAAGAAGUGGCAUGAUGCUUUACCGAGAGGGGAAAGUUUGGACUGGGAAGGGUGGAGCGAACGGCGAAGCUCCACUCACGCGUGGAUUGGAAAGGUUUAAGGGGGAAGGGGGAGGGGAAUUAAUAUCCUUAGGGUUUUGGCGAGAACCUUAUGGCGUCUCUGUGUAAGAAAAAUCCGGUUGGUAGAAGACGAGGAAGAAUUGAGUCUUCGAAUCAAGAAUGUCAGCUUUUGAUACAUCAUACUUCCCAGUGGGAUUGAAGAUCGUCCCCACUGACUAGCGAAGCCAAACGGGAAUUGGGACUGUCAGAAAGAAGGCAACAAAGAAAACGAUGGGCGGGG